AUGGUAUACCAGAGAAAUGACGAUUGUAUAGAUCAAGUCUAUGACGCCUACCGCCGGCUCACCCAUGACCAGCUCAUUUUAUUCCUUCAAGUCCGAUCGCUCCCAACGACCGGUUCAGACAACGACUUGGCGUCUCGCCUUGCGCAGUAUGACCUCCACACAUAUCACCUCAUCCCUGCCUUGAAUGGCCUCAUGAUCACCGGCAAAGCGAAUGGAAUAACUAGUCCUCCUCUUCUACAUUCGCCCCUGGAUCCGCCGAAACAGCGCUCACGGCAAGCAAUGGCACCGGACCUGCCUGUAGAAAUCCUGGCGGAAAUCCUGGACCACGUAGGGGACUGGGAGCUCGCGAAGGCAGUCGGUGUUCCUACUUCACUACCGGAACCACUCGAGUGGAAUCGAGCGAGUGCUUGCGAUCAUGCCAUUUUGACUGGCUACCUCCCUCUUAUUCGCGCUGCCGAUCCGUCAACACAUCCUCCCACAAAACGCGGCGCACUCCUGGCCGCUCGCUUCUGCUAUAUCCACGUGCUGGAGUACUUCCUUACACAAAACCGCUCGCUUUUCCAAAGUAUGUUCAAAAAUGACCUCCUUCCUAUUACAGCCUCUUUGUAUGGACGUACUGCCGUUCUCUCAUGGUGGAAAUAUGCCCGCGAGCAGAACCCAGACAUCCUCCUUCCGCCAAAACCCACUUCAAUAGCAGAGGCGAUUGAUGGUGCCUCUCGGAAUGGGCAAGUCGCCUCCCUUGACUGGUGGGUCUAUUCAGGCAUUCCCCUCGAAUAUACCGAAUUAGCGCUCGAGAAUGCGAGUGCGAAGAAUCAGCUCAACGUCCUUACGUGGUGGAAGGAACAAAGUGCGACGCGCGGGCUGCCACUCAAAAUUGGCCGCGUGAUGGACAUGGCAAGCAAUGCGGGACACGUUGAGGUGCUCGACUGGUGGGCUCACUCACAACUCGAGUUCAAAUACGAUAGGCAGGCUAUAUAUCACGCUAGCUGUCAUGGAAGGGUAGAGGUUUUGCAGUGGUGGCUGAACAGCGGCUUGCAGUUGAUCUUCGAUCAGGAAGUAUUGACAGGGGCGACGAAGCAUAAUCGUCCAGAUGUUUUAGGGUGGUGGGAUAAGAGCGGACUUCCAAUCCAAUAUCGUAUGUGCGAUAUUGAGGAGGCACUGGAGGACGCUAUUGGAGGUGGAGAGGCGGCUCGCGAAUGGUGGAAGCGGAAAGGUGUGGAUUUCAACACAAAUGACAAGGAGUGGAUGAAACUACAAUAUCUAAAUUAG